GCAAUGUAUGCAGGUGUUCCCCUAAUUUGUAUUCCAAAAUUUGCUGAUCAGUUUUACCUUUCUUCGCUGGCUGAACAUUUGGGCAUUGGGAUUUAUGUUUUAAAUGAUGACCAUUUUGGAGUUAGAUUCUCAGAAGCUCUUAGUAAAUUUAUGAAAGAAAUAACGGACGAUGGGAUAUCUGAAACAGCGUAA